AACCUGGCAGCACCUCUGGUGUCUGCCACUUGGAGAAGGAAGGCCAGCAGCGAGACGACGCAAGGCGACGCAGCCCCAUCCAGAAAGACGGCGACUGCGAGGCUUCGACUGAGCCCGAUCGUAGAGGCACCUCGAGCAAGAGCGACGCGGAGACACCUGGAUCCUUAACUACCGGCGAUCCGCGCCUGAAACGUGAGUUCCCUUUCCUUAUACUGUUCAGUCACUGCGGGGCGCAGAGCUUAUCAUCAUGGAGGGCGACGAGAGGAUUGACGAUGCGCAGAGUGACAGCGGUAGUAGUAGAGAAAAUGAGCCCCUGUCCGAGCGGGUAAUGGAGUUUCAACUGAGAAUGGCUAAGGAACGUCGAGAAACACUUGCCCUUGAACUAGAGCUCGCUAGGAUACAUACGACGUCUCCGGCAGGUGGUCAGAACGGCAUUGGCAGAGCACUUGAGUAUGAAAGAAACACGGAAUGGCGUAAAUAUUCCAAAGUAUUAGUCGGUGCUUUCCCUAAAUUUCCCACAGACGCCGAAGUACCCAUAUGGUUCGAGUCUGUAGAACACACCUUGGAGGCCUACGAGGUGCCGCGAAGCUGUUGGGGUCAAAUAGUUUUUCCUCUUGUAGCGGAGCGUGUUGAGUACUUGUCAACUCGUUUGACCCCUGCUCAACACCGAGACUACGAAGCGUUGAAGGAGGUCGUUCUUGAUGAGCUUAAGUUGUCUCCCCUCGAAUACCAAAAAAGAUUUUUUGGGGCACGGAAGCGGAAGACCGAGACGUGGAAGAGUUUCACGACUCGUCUUGCCAGCUACCUAAAUUUUUAUGUGGCAUCUAGGGAUGUGUCGAGCUUUGCAGAGCUGUUAGAACUCUUGGUGGUUGACCAGCUGAAGACAGUGUUGUCUGAGGAGGCGCUCAGGUACCUCAGGCUCCGAGAGGGUGCAGGGUGGUACAAGGCCUCGGAAAGUGCUAGACUGCUGCAAACCUUUGAAGACGCCCAUGGUCACGUAGACGUACCUAAGGGGCAAUCACGUGACGCCAGCGGGAAGGGCCCGGAAAAGGCAACUGAGAGCCGUAACAGCAGUGGGUUAGGAUCGCACCGUGGACACACGACGAAACCUAAGUAUCCGUACCCAAAUGCAAAACAGCAGAGGCCAACAGUCUGUUUUGAAUGCGGUUCGUCCGGGCAUAUUAGGCCAAAUUGUCCGCGUAUUCGCGAAAGGCUGGCACUGACGGCUGCCCCGCAGGAGCAGCCAGAGAGGCUCGCCGCCCGUGUCUCGCUAGAUAGCACGUCCGCGAGCGACCGCUUAUUGUGUGUAGCUGUCAAUUGUAAGGGCAGGACUAUGAAGGCGAUAGUGGAUACGGGGGCAGAGAUAACGGUAGUUCGCGAAAGCGCUGUCCCAGGGGAAUUAGCCCGGUCGCAUGGCAGCGUAAACCUCCGCGCAGCUUUCGGCGAACGAGUCAAGGCGAAACUAGUAGAGCUACCGCUGACACUAAAACAAGGUCAGCCGGUGUUUGCCGAAGUGGAGGAGGCGACACCAGUAUUGUGCGCACUCACCGAUAGGCUGAGUGUGAGCGCGGAUUGCCUGCUCUCAGCAGAGGAUUGGAGCGCGCUUCAGCGGGGUCGGGAUGAGUCUUGCGAGCCGCCCACAAAUAAACCUCCGCCCAGCAGCAACGAAGAGCUGAUUACAGCAGUAGAACUGGAGGAGGAACAGGCGAUUCCCGAACAGCCGGUCACCGACGAGAGAGGUUCCGAUACGUCACACCCGAACGAGGAAACGGCUGAAUCUCCUAGUAGCUCCGAUACAGUGACGGGUGAUGUCGAGACGUUACGUGAGGAACAAAAGAGUGACGCGACUCUCAGCAGGGCCUGGAGAAACGCGGAAGAAGGAAGGGGCGGCAUGAUCGUGAUCGAUGGGCUCCUUUACCAUCGCGACAACGUACUGGGACAGCCGGUAAAACAGCUAGUGUUACCAACGACACGGCGGGCUGAGGUACUCAGUCUCGCGCACGAGUCAUGCUGGGGCGGUCACCUGGGUUGUCGCAAAACGAGUGCGAGAAUUAAACUUAGUUUUUUUUGGCCAGGCGUUGAAAAGGACGUCCAGCUAUACUGCAACAGUUGCCACGCGUGUCAAAUCAGGGCAGACAAGAGACAGUCAGACCGAGUGCCCAUCACGCCUCUAGUAAGGCCGCAGUACCCUUUUCAGAAGGUCAACAUAGACGUAAUAGGGCCGAUCGAUCCCCCAACCAGUCGCGGCCACCGCUACGCUUUGUGCAUCAUAGAUCUUUGCACCCGCUGGCCUGAGGUCGUGUGUCUCACGUCAUUAACAGCUAAGGCUACCUGUGACGCGCUGCUAGAAGUGUUUAGUAGGACCGGGAUACCAGAGGUAAUUUGUUCCGAUUGCGGAACUAAUUUUACUGCCGCAGUCACCAAUGAAUUUCUCACUCGCCUCGGCUGUUCGCCUCGCUUUUCCACACCUGAUCACCCGGAGAGCAACGGGGCUGUGGAGCGGUGGAACAGGGUGUUCAAAAACAUGUUGUUCCACGUGAUAAGCGAACAGGGGAGGCAGUGGGAUAAAUUUGUGCCCUUCCUGUUGUGGGCCUACAGAGAGGUCCCGCACGAUACGACGGGGGUGUCGCCAUUCCGUAUGAUGUAUGGAAGAGACGCAGUCGGCCCGCUCGCCAUAUUAAAACGAACGUGGUCAGGAGAGCAGGAGGUGCCUGUCUCGGUCGCAGAUAGACCCUCGCAGUACAUGCAGAAACUGAAGAAGCAGUUAGAGAUAGCCGCUGAGGCGGCCGACCUCACUACGGCCAACCAGCAGAGGGCAUACGCCAGUCAGUAUAAUCUGCGCGCAAAAACAAAGGCGUUUCAGCAAGGGGACCAGGUGCUUGUGUUCGAUAACAACCGCCUCGGUAAGAUGUACCCAAAGUGGAUAGGACCAUGCACGGUCACGGAGAAAUACAGGCAGCAUUCUUAUUACGUCAAAACCCCGGAGGGAAAGCGCAUGCUCGUGCACGCGAACCGCUUGAGGCCUUACACAUGUCGCGUAGCCAGCAUAGGCGUAAUAUUCCAUGACGACCGCGAGUUUGGCGAGGUAGAGUACACGCCGCGUCCAGGCAGAGUUCUCAGCAGUGCAGCUAUUCUACCUGCGGAUCGUAUAUCCCACUUGGAACCAGCGGAGGGAGCGUUAGUGAACGAGGUGUUUCAGGUGCAUGCCGCCUUGUUUACCGGCGAAAUUGGGAUAGCGCGAGUGAGUGAGCACCGCAUAAAACUGGUCGAAGGGGCUACGCCGAAACGUCGACACCCGUAUCGCAUUCCUGUGGCCUUGAAGGGUGAGGUCUCCAAACAAAUAUCGGAACUGUUGGAGUUAGGAUUGAUCUAUAGGUGCGAAAGCCCCUUUGCGCAUCCAUUGGUUUGCGUCCCCAAGAAAGACGGCACGGUGAGACUGUGCGUCGAUUACAGGAGUUUAAACGCGAUGACCGAGCCAGACGCAUUCCCUAUGGGAUUUCCUCAGGACUUAAUUAUGGAUGUCGGGCAAGCUAGUCAUAUAACCCUCAUUGAUCUCCGUCGCGGUUAUUGGCAGGUGCCUUUAGCGGAAGACUCGCAACGGGCGGCGGCAUUCGUGUCACACUUAGGUCAAUUCGCUUGGAGGGUGAUGCCAUUCGGCCUCAGAAACGCCGCAGCUAGCUUCCAGAGGAGCAUGAACCAGCUGUUGGCCCCGCACGAGGAGUAUGCCUGCGCAUAUUUAGACGACAUCGCUGUGUUCAGCAGAUCAAUACAGGAGCAUAUCCAACACCUUCACGCUGUUUUUUUAGCUCUGACAUCAGUAGGAUUGGUAGCCAACCUUGAAAAAUGCCAAGUGGCCCGUGGAUCUAUCCGCUAUCUCGGGCAUGUGGUAGGCUCGGGCAAGCAUGGUCCGGACCCUACUAAGCUCGCGGCAAUCGAGGGACUGCAGGUGCCGCGUACUAAAAAAGAACUAAGGAGCGUCCUUGGCCUCUGUGGAUAUUACAGGGGGUACAUUUCAAAUUUCGCGGCUAUAGCAAAACCUCUAACGCAGCUGACUGCCAAGCACAUUCCCAAUCGCAUUCCGUGGACUCCUGAGGCCAACGAGGCGUUCGAAGGUCUCAAAAGUGCUCUGUGCAAUGCCGUCGAACUGGCGACUCCGGACCCAAGCAAACCAUUUUGGCUCUUCACCGAUGCCUCCGCGAUUGCUGUAGGCGCCUGUCUAGCACAGAUGACCGACGAGGGCACGGAGUGCCCCAUCGCUUUUGCCAGCCACCGCUUCUCGCCCACUCAGAUGAGGUGGUCCACGAUCGAGCGCGAAGCAUUUGGCGUAAUUUGGGGCCUCAAAAAAUUCGAUACAUGGGUAUUUGGCGCGAAAAUAUUCGUAGUAUCCGACCAUAACCCACUUGCGUACCUCACCCAGUCUGCGCCGCAGGGCGCAAAGCUGACACGUUGGGCAUUAGCGCUGCAGCGGUAUGAUGUAGUGGUGCGACACAGAAAAGGGAUCGCACAUGCUAACGCAGACGCUCUUUCGCGCCUGACGAACCACUGCUGGGGAGAGGUUAUAGAAGACAGGGGACCCGCAGUGACUGACAGUGGUGGAGAGGGAACGAGUGCAGUGUGA